CCGCGCGCUGUGUACAGGCGUAGUACCGUUGAAAUUGUGGCCCGUUUUAGUUCACGAAAAUGGCGACCAAAAUGACGUUGGAAAUGUUUGACAAGCAAUUAUCUGAUUUUAAAAUCGAAGACAUACAAAAGAAAAUUGACAUAGCCAGUAAUGUUAGCAAACAAUGUGAUAUACCUAGAGCGAGUUCUAAAGGUCUGAAAGACGUUCCCGCUUUCAAAAUGUGCCAAACGCUUACUGGAGUGCCAGAAGAAACUUUGAGGGCUAUAAACUCCCUCAGCCACAAGUCUAUAAAAUUUGAUGAUUGGUUAAAAUCGCAAAAACUAUUAAUACAAAACUACAAUACUGAGUAUAACAACAUACGAAAACUACUACUAAGAGACUACACACAACGUCUAGAAAUACCAAAACGUACACAAAUUAGUAGCGAUGACUAUGAAGGUUAUAAGAAGUAUUUUACUUCAAUACAGCUACCAGGGACAAAGGCUUCAAUCAUUGUCGAAAAACCAGAAACAGUCAUAGAGAGACAGAGAUUUUUGCAUACAAAGAUGCUGUACAGAGAAGAGAAGAAAAACAUGGUUUACAUAGGCAAGGUAAACCUGCUCCUAAACAACGGUAAAUUUACUUACAAAGAAGACACCGUUGAGGCAAAAACUCGGUUCAUUACGGCAGCUUCCCAAAAAUAUGGUUACUUGGGCUUUAUAUACUGUUGCGGCAAUAGCCAGGAGUAUAUGGCGAAUUGGAUAGACGAGAAAAUUUUACCCCACUUGCCAGAGAAAAGCGUGAUCAUUUUUCAAGAAAACGUUUUAAGCCGCGACGAAGAUAAAGUUGUUAGUGAUAUUUCGAAAGAAGAGAUUUUGAAAUGGUUGAAGGAAAACGAAGUCCCUCAUGAUCCGAAAUUGCACCGAGCUGAGUUGUAUAAACUUGUAAACAUAUUUCAAAAAAGUUGUGCCGAGAAACUGUCGCCAGCAGAACUAAGUUUUAGAGCAAGGGGCCAUAUUACAAUCAGGAAAAAGAGGUGCAAUUUAAACGCCAACUAUUUCGAUCCUUUUUGGGGAUUUCUUGUGAAAGAACUGAACAGCGCCAUGCCACUGGUAAAACCAACAGUGAAGCAUCAUUAUCACGCUAUUAAUAACAACGCAAGUAUGAUUCUCCAAAAUUGUCCUAUUGAGUACUGGAACAAUUUGGGCAACAUAUUGCAAGCCAGAGAGAUAGAAAUCUAUAGAGAAGAUUUACAAAUAGAGCAUGUGCUGGACAAACUCAUGACUAAGGUAAAACAUGAAGGAUUGCCGAAAGAAUGGGAGUCUGAGUUUGAUGAAUACAGUAGAGAGGAGGAGAAAUAUAUACUUCUUUCCGAUAAUCUAAUGCAAUUGUAUGUAAGUAUGCAGAAAACUCAAUAUUACAAAAGUUUGAAUAUAUACAAGAAGUAAUUAA